GAUAAAAAUGAUAUCGUGGCUCGAUCAUUUAUCUGCACCUACUACCGUAUGCAGUCAUUGUGGACCGAUGAAAACAAUGAUCAUGUGAGUCUCUCGCUUUUCAAGUUCAAGGUGGAGGUCUAAUCUACUGAGAAGUGUCGGGACGAGUCAGCAUCACAAUCCUUUUUUCAAUAGCCUUUUACGAUGGACGACGAUCAUCGUUUCCCGAGGACCGCGUCUAGGUAUCAGUCUGUCCAACAUCAUCCUCGACUCAUGCUGUUUGUAAGCAGCGUGUCGGACGGCGACUGUCGAUGAUCGAUGGAACGAGUGAGAACGUGCAUGGGCGGGCUCCUCUGAAAGAGACAAAAAGUGUAUUAUUCCAUUCACGUGAUUAGUAGAAGCGGAGAUCAACGAACACGAAAAGCUAAGGAAUUUUCAACAUCAAGAAGGAUGCUCCUCUGUCUGCAGUGCAGUGGAAGGAAUUGGAAUGGAAAAGGAAGUGCUGCGUUUGUACAAGUACAACGAGCCCUGACAGUGAUGUGACGAGAAUGGGGACCGAGAAACUGCGGACGAUUCGUGAGAGCGUCUUUUUUCCGAAAAGAUUCCGAUUUUACACGCGACAGCGUAGAGAACUCGUCCAUGCCGAGCCCACACGACAACUGGAAUUGUAGAGUAAGAUCAUGUGCUUAUGGUUUUAUUUAGCGAACUGCCAUAUUUCGAGUCCGACCUGCACAACCUGUCCACACGACUUCAUCCUACUACCCAGGCUCAUGCCUCCAUGACCGCAGCCUUGAUGAGAAAUACUCUGCGUGAGCCAAUAUGCUCUAAGGUCGAUGCGCUGAUCAGACUGCCUGAUGUACGCACCAUCAUCGCAGAUUGUUACCAAAAAGCUGACCAACACUGAUGACUCAUUUGCUCUCGAGCAUGCCCUGGAGGUCGACCUGCUGCACGACUCGCAUUGCCAUCUGUUGAAGAGUUGCCAAUCCUGUCCUCUUUCACUCCGCACACAGGA